CGUAUAGAGGAGAGCGUCGUGCGCGCGCGUGCGUCCCUCCCUGCUCACCCCCCCAGCCCCUCCCCUCCCUGCCUGGCGCUCUCACUUCCGGUUCUGUGAUGGCUCAGACGGCAGUCCCGGGUUCUGGUGCCGGGCCGGAGCGGCUAGAGGGAGCAGGCUGCCUGUGACUAAGAGAGGGGAAGGAGCUGCGGCUGAUCACUAGAAUGUCCCAGCUGUACCCAACGCAUUGCUUUUUAAUUCACUUGACGCACUCCUGGCUUUCAGCAAGUUAAUGAAAAUCCUGUCUUUGGCACGUUUGUGAUCUUGGUCAGGACCAAGACACCACAACAUUGUUGAAUGAAUCCAGUUGAAAAGUAGAAUUGAUUUGCCGUCUUAGACCGCACUUUUUAGCCACGGUUAAGAUUCUUAAAAACAAUCUUUGCCAUGCACAUACGUUGAGAUUUUAAAUUUUUAUUUGUAUUGUGGAAAUGAGUUUACAUCUGCAAAUGGGUUCAGAUCGAGACCUGCAGUCGUCAACUUCUUCAGUCAGCCUUCCUCCUGUAAAAAAGGCACCAAAGAAACGAAGGAUGCCAUGGGGUUCCAUAUUCCGAAGGAAAAAAGACACUAAGCGCAAGUCCAGGGAGUUAAAUGGAGGGGUGGAUGGCAUUGCAAGUAUUGAAAGCAUUCACUCAGAGAUGUGCACGGAUAAAAAUUCUAUCUUUUCUGCCUCAGUGAACUCUUCAGACAAUGUCGUGGUGCCAGCUAGCAAGCUGAGCGGAGACUUUUUAGAAUGUCCUUUGUGCCUUUUACGGUACUCUAAGGACCGAUUCCCAGAUAUAAUGACCUGUCACCACCGGUCAUGUGCGGACUGCUUACGCCAGUACUUGCGGAUAGAAAUCUCUGAAAGCAGGGUUAACAUUAGCUGCCCUGAAUGCUCCGAACGCUUUAAUCCUUACGAUAUCCGCUUAAUACUGAACGAUGAUGUAUUAAUGGAGAAAUAUGAAGAGUUCAUGCUCAGGAGGUGGCUCGUUGCAGAUCCUGAUUGUAGAUGGUGUCCAGCUCCAGACUGCGGAUACGCAGUAAUUGCAUUUGGAUGCGCCAGCUGCCCAAAGCUAACCUGUGGCCGUGAUGGAUGCGAGACAGAGUUCUGCUAUCACUGCAAACAGAUCUGGCAUCCGAACCAGACGUGUGAUGCCGCUCGCCAAGAGCGAGCCCAGAGUUUGCGCUUACGGACAAUCCGUUCAUCAUCGAUCAGCUACAGCCAGGAGUCUGGCGCAGCAGCGGACGAUAUUAAACCAUGCCCCAGGUGUGCCGCCUAUAUCAUAAAAAUGAAUGACGGCAGCUGUAAUCACAUGACCUGCGCAGUGUGCGGCUGUGAAUUCUGCUGGCUCUGCAUGAAGGAGAUCUCAGACUUACAUUACCUAAGCCCAUCUGGAUGCACUUUUUGGGGCAAGAAGCCAUGGAGCAGGAAAAAGAAGAUUCUUUGGCAGCUGGGGACCCUGGUGGGAGCUCCAGUUGGUAUUGCAUUAAUAGCCGGGAUCGCCAUUCCAGCCAUGAUCAUCGGUAUUCCUGUGUAUGUUGGGCGAAAGAUUCACAAUCGUUAUGAAGGCAAAGAUAUUUCCAAACACAAGAGGAAUUUGGCCAUAGCAGGCAGUGUCACCCUGUCUGUCAUAGUGUCACCAGUUGUCGCUGCAGUAACUGUGGGUAUUGGUGUUCCCAUUAUGUUGGCAUACGUAUAUGGAGUCGUCCCCAUAUCACUCUGUAGAAGUGGAGGGUGUGGAGUGUCUGCUGGGAAUGGCAAAGGGGUCCGGAUUGAAUUUGAUGAUGAAAAUGACAUCAAUGUUGGAGGAGCCAAUACGGCUACAGAUGCCACUUCAGUCGCAGAAGCACGCAACAAUCCCAGUAUCGGGGAAGGAAGUGUAGGAGGGAUGACCGGCAGUCUGAGCGCUAGUGGAAGCCACAUGGACAGGAUUGGCGCAAUUCGGGACAAUCUCAGUGAAACCGCCAGCACCAUGGCUUUGGCAGGGGCCAGUAUCACGGGCAGUCUGUCUGGGAGUGCCAUGGUGAAUUGUUUUAAUAGGCUGGAAGUCCAAGCGGACAUUCAGAAGGAACGAUGCAGUUUAAGUGGGGAAUCUGGCACUGUGAGUUUAGGAACGGUCAGCGACAAUGCAAGCACCAAAGCCAUGGCUGGAUCCAUUCUAAAUUCUUACACCCCUCUGGACAGGGAAGGUAACAGUAUGGAGGUGCAAGUGGACAUUGAGUCUAAGCCUGCAAAAUUCAGACACAACAGUGGGAGCAGCAGUGUUGAUUACGGAAGUGCACCAAGCCGCAGCAAUGCUGGUGGGUCUGCAGCAUGCUCAACAGAAAGUAAAUGCAGCUCCACCAAGUGGUCAAAAGAGGGAACAGCUGGUAAAAAAUGUAAAGGAAAGCUAAAAAAGAAGAGCAGUACAAAGAUCAAUGAGACCAGAGAGGAUAUGGACGCUCAGCUUCUGGAGCAACAAAGCACUAACUCCAGCGAGUUUGACUCCCCUUCCCUUAGUGACAGCAUACCAUCAGUUGCCGAUUCCCACUCUAGUCACUUCUCUGAAUUCAGCUGCUCAGACAUGGAAAGCAUGAAGACCUCAUGUAGCCACGGUUCCACCGAUUACCACUCUCGCUUUGUUACCGUCAGCCCUCUACCAGAAGUGGAAAAUGACCGUCUAGAAAGUUCUCCACACCAAAGCGGGGUUCCAAUUGUUACAACGCCCGUGCCAUGCACAGAUAUCCCCCAGCUGAGUUACAUCGCGGAGGAGAGCUUGUGUCACCGUGUCCCAAGUGCUGGAGAAGAUGCUGGCAAAACCUCAACUGAUGCAAAUACCCAUCACGAACUAAAUGGUGCAAUCCAGACAGACAUUUAGGCCUGUUAUUGCUGCAAUACUGUUACCACUAGCCAGCCCUGCUCACACUGAACAUUUUGCGUCAAGUUGUAUAAACCGCUCCGGAUUUUAACAGAAUUAAAGCCCCAAACCUGCCUGUAACAUUGAUUCAGAAAGUCCAUUAUUUAAAUCUUUGCUACUGGUCAUGGGGUUAAGGACAGGGGGGUAAAGUUCUGGCUUUUUCAAAGUUCCAGUGUUUGCUGUUUGCACCUAUAUUUAACGAGAAAAGUUAGGUUACUGGUAAUACGACACCAAUGCAAUAUAGUCCCAAUAAUUAAAACUCCUUAAUGAAAAAAAUGCUUAAAAGCAAUGCAAAGCCGUAUUUUCGGAUGCAUGUAUAAACAGUGUUUUGGAAAGGGUUUUUAUUUUGGUUGCUGUAAAAAAAAAAAAAAAAAAUAAUAGGGUUGUCACUAAAUUAAUUCUAUAAUGCUGAGUAGAACUUCAUUCCAAGUUGUGGGGUUGGGUGGAAACUUGUAAGUUGUCACUAAAAGGGAGGGUACAGCAAUGGGUACCUGAUUUUGCAAAGAGAUUAUUGCAUACAUGAUAUGAGCAGGGUAUUGGUGAUUUUUGCACACCUCGUUUAAAGGAGAACUGGUACAUGUUUAAAAUAGGUAACAAGAGUAUUACCAAGCUAAGGCAUCGUUCGUGUUCAACGCACUGAACUCCACAAAAUGGCGCCAAUAAGACACUUGCAAAAUCAAUCAAAACUUUCACAGAAGUCUUUAAAGGGCAGGAUUGUCACCUUUCUUUUCUUUGGGGAGCAGACCACCCUCUGUUGAUUUUUUUGGUGCCUUUACAAAGAAAGACUGGGUCUUAAGUGCCUGGUCAUUUGUGAAUUUUUACUAUGUAUUUCCUUGGUCUCCUGUGCCCACCUGGGGGAUUCAAGUGGGGAAUCAUAGGCAAAUCAAUGACUGUGGUAGAUUCUAAAUGUAUGUAAUUAAUACAAAUGUAUUAGCCUACCAAAGACUCACUCAGGCUUUAGAGGAAGCAUAAUGACGUCUUUUUCACAAAAGACACAUGCAUCUCCAAUGGAUAGAUAAAGCACAGUGCAGGUACUGCACGCGUACGCUGAUUACUACAAUACAAAGGGUGGAUAAGGAUUACAGCUGGCAAUUUUAGUUUAUGCUUUUAGCUUACAAUAGCUCUUGACAAUAGCAACCCAGAGGUGGUCACAGAACUUGCACUGUUAAAUUUUGCAAUGUAAUUCACGUUGACAAUGCAGAACCCACAUAUUGGUUCUGAAACAGCUGCUGUUCCGUCCUGUUUCCUGUAAGUGUUGCCAAGACGGUGCUAUUGAAUGUUAUUGAGUGAAAAGAAGAAAAAAACUGUUCUGCCAUGUGCUGCAAUCCUAUUCCAUGAUUCUUCUCACCAGUUUAUCCCGCUUAUAACACUAGUGCCAGUUAUCAUUAAAACUGCUCAUUAUUGUAUUUGUAUAUUUGUUUCAUUUUGCUCAAUAAUAUGCGUGUAUAAAUGCAUACUGAAUAAAUGUCGCUGUGCUAAA